GUGUGGGUGGCCUGUGGAGCGCGGGCCCUGUGGUAAAUGGUAAAUUUCACACAAGGAUAAUGUUUUAUGUCUUUUCUUUUUUCUGAAUACAGGCACAGCCCUUGUUUUCAACAGCCAUGUAAGAAAGAAAACAUUUCUUACAAACAACUCGAUUAGCGUCUAUUUCAUAAUAUUACUCGCAUUUUGAAAACAAGCCCAGGCAUGUUUUCUUUUGGCGUUAGUUUAAAGAAAACAAGCCCAGGCAUGUAUGCAUAGUCUUAACAAGCUGAAUCAGGGUGUGUUAAAGUGGCAUAAGAGAGGUUUUUAAGAAAGCUAAAGUAGAAAAAAGCACAUGCGUUAGUUACUUAGCUGAUUUCCUGCGACAAAACAGAAGCGGAGGAUCUCUAGGUAGAUGUUCACAGCUGAGUAGCGAGGAUCAAAAUGGCCACAGCGAGCCGGUAAGCAUGGACAGAGUUAGGCAGGAGCCACUGUAGCUUUAGAGCAAUGCCCCCACACAAAGUUUUGAAGAUCCCCAUCAAUCAAUAGGCUGCGACGUUUUGUACGGCGGGAGAUGCAUGCAGAAGGCACAGGCGUGCCCGUGACACAUAGUGGGGAUUUGGCGGAACAGGUGGGUUCCCUGUGAAGCGCUGGGGAGGGGGGUGAGUACACAGACACGUGCGGACACAAACGGUGGGGUGCCCUGUGAAGCGCUGGGGAGGGGGUGAGUACGCCGACACUUAGUUUCAUAGUGUGGGUGGCCUGUGGAGCGCGGGCCCUGUGGUAAACGGUAAAUUUCACACAAGGAUAAUGGUUUAUGCCUUUUCUUUUUUCUGAAUACAGGCACAGCCCUUGUUUUCAACAGCCAUGUAAGAAAGAAAACAUUUCUUACAAACAACUCGAUUAGCGUCUAUUUCAUAAUAUUACUCGCAUUUUAAGCCUUUAAAAAGGGGUUUAAGUGGAGAUUGCACACGUUAGAUACCAUAUAAGCGGGUAUAAAACAUAUUGAAUAAUUACACUGAUCUUCAUAAAAUGUUGUAUUAAAAAUAUUUUUAGCUAAAGCUUACAUUGACAUCACGUGUUGGUACAAAUGGAUGUUUAUGGUGUGCUCUAGCUUCUGUGAAUCCAUGCACAUGGCAAAGGCAUCCCUGCUUUUCCAACAGGGCGAGUGCGCUGAUGGUUUUAUAAAUGAAUAAAGAUAAUAGAGAUAAUAGGGGUUUUUUAUACACCCCCAUGUCAGAAAUAAAACAUGGGGAUGCUAGCUACUUCAUUUUUAAGUCUUUUAAAAAAAAAAAAGGUUUAAAAUUGUGUACGUUAGGGGCUAUAUAGAUGUGUUUGGUAUCUAUAGGCUGCAAAAUAUUUGAACGAGGUCAAAAUCUUAUUGAAUAAUUAUACAGGAUUUUGUAAAGCAGUGUAUUUCAAACUACUGUUUAUAACUAAAUAUUUUAUUUUUCAUUGAGACACCGCCCUAAAAGUGUCAAGGGUGGGGGUUUGGGGGUUACAAACCAUCCAUAAAUUAGGGCCAGGACACAGCUUCUUUACUUUGGUGAGAAGUUAUCAAACCACAAUCAAGAAUGUCUGGAGUCGACUUUUACGAUGUAUCCUAUACGCCCAGCACUCAAGUCAUGAACGAAGUUCUAGAGAUCUUGACAACGGAUGAAGAGCUGGUGCCAAGCCUACCAACAAAUCCACAAACACCGGAGCAAGUGCGGAUCAACCCUGCCGAGGAGAGCGCAAGCUUAUCGACACCUACACUUAUUUAAUCAGGUACUGAGAACCACGUGGCAGAGAGGGCCUUGGGAGAAACGGUGGUGAAACAGAUCACAGCACAAAAGCCUAUACAGAUUGAAGAGUGCGUAACAGCUGAGGAAACCAAUCAACAGACCAGAGAAGCACACCUCCAGGAGCAAACAUUUGAGGAAUCCCCUGGCCACAGAGAGGACGGCAGUGCUGAGGAAAGAAAACAACAGGCCCGAGAAUCACACCUCCAGGAGCAACCAGCUGCCCAAACAAUUCUCCAGAAGCCAGAGGACGCCGAAAGACAGCCCUUUAAGGUCUCAGUCCAUUUGGAAGCUCUGAAAAUCUUCAAUCGUGAGUUACAUUUGGCUGAACAACGUCUCGCGGUGUUGAAGGAGUCUGAGUCUCAUCUGUUUGAACAGCGUCUCGCAGUGCUGAAGGAGUCUGAGUAUCGUUUGGCAGAACAGCGGCUUAAGGUGUUUCAGACAAUCUUUGAGAAGUAUUAGCAAUGGCACAGAGGCAACAACCAGAGCAGUCAGGCAGGGCACACAGCACAGAGAACAUUAACACACAAAUUUUACAUGCAAUUCAAGCUAUAACUCAAAACAACAGCCCACAAGCUGCUGAAAACAUUCCAAAUGUUUUUAUAAACCCAAAUCUGCUACAGCUUGUUAACAAUAUUAACCAUGACACUAAUGACAUGCAUGAAAUGGCUGGUGAUUACUUUGAGCGGUUGAACGAGGCUUUGGCAAACCUUACCGCCGGUGAUGGUGCACUAACCCCUGCAGCAGACUCUCUUGGUUUUCUGAACGAUGCUUUAGAGCGACUAAACCAGGAAGGGGGGAAUCUUAAUGAAUCACCACUAACGCCUACCUCUGAUAACCCACAAGGUUCUGGUGAUGUGCAUGCUGCCGCGGCUAAUAGUAAUGAUGAUGAUGAUGGUGUGGUGACUUGUGGUCCUGACAUGGUAGUGGUGCAAAGGCCCUCCUUUAAUUGUGUCGAAAUUAGGCAACGGUUUAACUUUGCAUCCUUGCACGACGUGGACAGCUAUGAGGACUUCUAUAAUGUGUUGCUAAACUUACUUGACCAUGUAUUGUAUAGAGCUAUGCAGCUGGCUAGACCCAAUGACGUGCUUCAGCUGGAGUUGCGUGGUGACACCCUGUCUGAGGGGGUGUCCAUAAUUGCUAAUGGCGCUAGUGUCGAUCUGGACACAUUUUUGGGUAUGGUUGGGGAUCUGGUUCAGAGCAAUUUUGAAAUCCUUUCUGAUGAUACAUUGGAACUGGUGGUUCAGAUAGUUCAAAACCCAAAUGGUGGUGUCCGUAGAAAAAUAGCCACAUGUCUCAGAAAUGAGAUUUUAAGAAAAAAACUACGGCAUCUAUUUGUAAGCCACAACGUUGAGAAUAACCUCUGCUUUGCCAUUUGCUUGUCUCAGAUGUUAAACCCGGAAUUUACGUUAGAGCGGGUGGAGCAAGACGCCGUACAUUUGCAGACGUCUGUAGGCCUGGGCGUGCAGGAUAUGGUGUCUUUUUCAGACAUACAAAAGUUUGAACAACUGUUAAAGGUCAAAAUUGUUGUGUGGUACCGUAAUGCUCAGAAUGUCUUUUGCAAAUUUCAAACAAACCCAGAGCCGCAUCCAAAAACAGUGUUUUUGUACCUAGAAAACGAACAUUACUUUGGUAUAAAGUCGUUGAAAGGUUUCUUAGGCAGUGCGUACGUGUGUGCUUACUGUUACACACCUUUCACAGCAAAAGCUAACCACCACUGCAAAUACUACUGUAAUGUUUGUUUUAGUGCUGAAUGUUCUUCGCACCCUUUAAAAUCGGUAAAGUGUAAAGACUGUAGACGUAUAUGUCGGUCCGCCUUUUGUUACACAGCGCAUAAAGUCACCAAAAUGAAUAAUGCUACGUGUAAAAUGAGCGCCCCAUGCGACACACACAAGUAUUGCGAACAGUGUGGCAGGAUGUACAUCAUCAGUUCUAAAAAACCUGUGCCACAUCGUUGUAGUGUGCGGCGUUGCGUCAACUGUAAUGAUGAGCUGGUUGCUGAUAGUAGACAUGCUUGUUACAUUCAGCAAGUCAAACCUGAACAGCCGAGCGAGCGCUAUGUUUUUUACGAUUUUGAGUGCCGACAGGAUGACGGUGUACACGUCGCUAAUUUUAUAUGCUGUAUCGAUUUUAACGGGGUGCGUUGGACAGCAGCAGGUGACGGUUGUGUGGAGGCCUUUACCCGUCGGUUCCGUACCCCGAAAUACAAAGGGUACACAUUUAUUGCACACAAUUCGAAGGGUUAUGAUGGCUACCUAAUCAUGCAACACUUAAUUAAACAAGGCGUCACACCAUCCAUUAUAGCUCAAGGCAGCAAACUGCUUUGUAUCACCGAUGACGCAUUUGAACAGCGGUACAUAGAUUCUCUCAGCUUCCUCACAAUGAAGCUGAGCGCCAUGCCAUCGGCUUUAGGCUUUGAAAAUGCCAAAAAGGGCUACUUUCCACACUUUUGGAACACCGUCGCUAAUCAAAAUUAUACAGGCCCGUACCCACCCCCUUUAUACUAUGGUUCCAACACCAUGUCAGAAAAGGAGAGGUCUGAGUUCAUGCAAUGGUACGCAACCGUAUCUGGAAGGGUGUUUGACUUUCGCAAGGAGAUGUCUGAGUAUUGUAUUAAUGACGUGGUCAUUUUGCGGGAGGGGUGUCUGAGAUUUAGACGCGAGGUACUCAGCUGCACCGGUCUUGACCCUUUUCAGGGUGUUACAAUAGCUUCUGUAUGCAUGAAACAAUUCUGCACAAGUUUUUUGCCCAAAGACACACUGGCUAUCACUACGCCUGACAAUUACAUUCUCAAGCAAAAGUCUUUUUCAACACCGGCAAUUCAGUGGUUAGAAUAUCUGAGCCAUCGUGACAAUGUUUUCAUACAGCAUGCUUUGAACCGGGGGGAGGUUAAAUUUGGGCCGUACUUUUUAGACGGGUAUUCAGAGGUGGGGGGUGUACGUACAGCCUUUGAGUUCCACGGCUGUCUGUUCCAUGGCUGUCCUCAGUGUUUUGAUUCAAACACCAUUAAUCCGCUCACAAAACAAGAUUUUGGCUCCAUGUAUCGAAAAUCUCAAGAAAAAAUUGAUAUUCUGCGUAGCACCUACAAUCUGCAUGUGGUUGUUUUGUGGGAGCACGAAUGGGUGAGACUAAAAAAGGAGAGCCCCGAGGUACAGACAUUCCUGCUUUGUUCUGAUUACCCAGAACGUCUGGAACCACGUGAUGCUCUGUUUGGCGGUAGAACUAAUGCUCUUCGGCUUAAAUAUAAGGUGCAAGAAGAUGAGCAGAUCCAUUACUAUGAUUUUACCAGUCUCUACCCUUUUGUGAACAAGACUAAAGUCUACCCUACAGAUCACCCCACCAUCAUCUUCCGUGACUUUGAACCGAUUGAAAACUAUUUUGGUCUGAUCAAAGCCAAAAUAUACCCACCUAGGGAUCUUUACCUACCCGUGCUACCUUACAGGGUGUCUGGAAAAUUAAUGUUUCCCCUCUGCAGGUCCUGCGCCGUGUCUGAACAUCAAGGCAAAUGUGUACAUUCUGACGAGGAGCGUUCUCUCACCGGAGUCUGGUGUAGUAUCGAACUAGCCAAGGCUGUUGAGAAGGGGUACCAGGUUGCCAAGAUUUUUGAAGUUUGGCAUUUCCCACAGCGCUCUGAUUCGCUCUUUAGCGGCUACAUAAACACACAUUUAAAGGGUAAACAGGAAGCCUCUGGGUACCCUUCAUGGGUGUCUAAUGAUUUGGACAAAGACAGAUACAUGCAGAGUUAUUUGGAAAAGGAGGGUAUACAUUUAGACCCCAGCAAAAUUUGUGUCAAUAAAGCCAAAAGACAAAUUUCUAAACUUUUUCUGAACAGCCUUUGGGGUAAAUUCGGUCAGAGAACAAACCAAGUUAACACCGCCUUGAUCCAUGACCCGGAGCAGUUUCUGUUGUACAUGUUUUCCAAAGAGUAUGACAUCUCACAUUUUUCAUUUAUUACAGAGGAUGUGGCCCUUGUGCAGUGGCGUUAUGCCAAGGGUUUCUCAAAACCACCCAAAUACAGUAAUGUGCUUAUAGCGGCAUUCACCACCGCUUACGCACGCCUUGAGCUUUACAACCUCAUGGACAAAUUGCCUGACAGGGUUCUGUAUCAUGACACAGAUUCUGUAAUCUUUGUGAGUCGGCCAGGUGACUGGGUGCCUCCGCUCGGGGACUUUUUGGGUGAGUUGACGAGUGAGCUGGACACCGGCGACCACAUUGUGGAAUUUGUUUCAGGGGGCCCGAAAACAUAUGCUUACAGAACACGGGGAGGUAAAACAUGCAUGAAGGUGAAAGGUAUAACACUACAUCAUACUAACACGCAGGUUGUUAACCUUUCAUCCCUCACUGAUUUGGUAGAUCACUAUGUGUCUCACAAAAAUGACCCCGCCAAGGAAGUCGCCACAACCACACAACAGAUUGUUAGGGACAAAAAAGCUUUCAUUCUCAGGAACCGCACAGUCUCUAAAAGAUUCCGUGUGGUUUACAACAAGCGAGUUUUGCUCCCGGACUUCCAGACAUUGCCAUAUGGAUACUAAACCAGUGUCAGAGGGUGAGGGUUUUGACAGCCGCCUACAACACCCCUUUUCCUGCAUCAUUUCAGGCCCUUCAAACUGCGGUAAAAGUGUUUUUGUCAAAAGACUGCUGGAAAAUGCCCAUAAUGUGUUGUCCUCUGUGCCUCAAAAUAUUGUGUGGUGUUACACUUGUUGGCAACCGCUGUAUGAUGAUAUACUUUGUAAAAUAAAAAAUGUACAGUUUGUA